UACCAUCCCUCAUUCAAAGGACCCCAGUGUUACUCUAUCAUUAGAGGAUGAUGCAUUCAUAAAGACGUGUGGUAUGGUAACUGAUGGAUCCCUUCAGGUACGCUGUCUCUCUGCUUCUCUCCUUGGGCAGUUCACUAGCGUCAGUGAAAGGUUUCUACUCCAGACUCUGGACAAGAAGCUAAUGUCUCACCUUCGUUAUGUGAAGAGUGAUCAUGAUAGAGCCCGUGAGCUCCACACUCAAGGGUCAUGGGACACUGGUCAACGGUGGGGAGGGGGCCCUACUAAAAUGAACCUGGACCCAUCUGAGGUUACUCUAAUGAGUUCUGGUUCAUGUGGUGCUUUUGUUCAUUGUACUGAGGAUGAGUUCAUGGAGGUCAGAUCUGCUGCUAUACAGUCAAUGGGUCAGCUGAGUGGAAGGAGCUCUGAGUUUGGCCACGCCUCUCUUGACUUCCUUAUUGACAUGAUCAAUGACGAGAUACAGUCU